AUGGCCUAUGAAGGAGAAGAGAAAAAUGACCAAUUCAAUGUCAACCAAGAUGCAUUCUUCACAGACAGACAAUAUCAUCAAACAGGUCAAGCACAAACCAGUAAAAAUAACACGCAAGGCAAGACAUGUUAUAUAUGUGGCAAAGAAGAAUGUCGUUCAUGGAAUCAUACCAAUGUUGAACGCGAAAGAUAUAAGGCAAAGUUUCGAACUUCACUUAAAGAAAAGCUAGGAUCUCGAUUUGUUGACAGAAAUUGCUUCAAAAAACAACAUCAUCAAUAUAUAGUCGACUGUGAAGGUGAUGAUGAAUCCUACGUAGAUAGCGACGAAUUUGAAGACGCCUUUAAAGCAUUGGAGCUUGAAAUACAAGGUGGUAACAACAAUGCUCGAGAAAUAGACGAAUCAGACGUCUUCUUGACUUCAUUCGGGGAAAUCAGUUGCACUGCUACUAGAUCUAUAAUGCCAGAAAUGGCAGCAGAUACAUCAAACAGAUCCUCCAUUCACGCUCUCACUACCACUAAAAAUAUUGCGCCUAGCUCCUCUGAAGCUGAUCCCUUUGCCUAUACAACAUCUCCUCUUUGUUACACCUCCGAAACAUUUAUGGGUAUCAUGAUUGACACAGGGGCUUCUAAGAGAUCAACCGCGGGUUAUGGCCAAUAUAAUGCACUUCAAAAGCUUAAUAAUAAUGUUUUAAAUUUAAACAAACUUGAUAAAGGACUAGUGAAUGUUCAGUUUGGAAUCGGGUCUACAUCAUCAAUUGGAUUGAUAAAAGUAGAUUCACUAAUUAGAAGAAUUGAAUUUCAUGUUUUCAGGGCUGAUACUCCUUUUCUACUGUGUCUUGCAGAUAUGGAUAAGCUAAAAACUUACUUCAACAAUCUGACAAACACUUUAGUGACACCUCAUGGAAUUGUGCCAGUCGUACGAAGAUUUGGUCAUCCAUUCAUGCUGUGGGAUAAUUCACUCUCGAUUUAUAUAUCUGAAUCUUUCAACCAAUGCCCUUGCUAUCUUCCCAACAUUGAGCUCCAACAGCUUCACCAUAGAUUUGUCCACCCUUCUAUUCAUAGGCUUCAUCGUAUAUUAGAGCGCUCAGGACAUGGAGAUUUCAAUCACCGCAAAUCCCUAGAAGCAAUCACACGGUUUUGCAAACACUGCCAAAAGUACGGUAAAUUGCCCGGACAAUUCAAGUUUACAUUAAAAGAAGAUGUUCAGUUUAAUUACUGCAUCUUUGCUGAUGUAAUGUAUAUUGACGGAAAUCCUCUCCUACAUAUCAUUGAUGAAGGCACAAGAUUCCAAGCUGGCAGGUGGUUAAAGAACAUGUCUGCCAAGAGUACUUGGGAUUUGCUAUGUGAUUGCUGGAUUAAUACCUACUUGGGACCACCGGAUAUAAUCCCACAUGACGCUGGUAAAAAUUUUGCCAGUAGGGAAUUCCAGCAGUGUGCCAUUAAUGUUGGCUCUACUACAAAAAGUGUGCCAGUAGAGGCUCAUAACUCCGUAGGCGUAGUCGAAAGAUAUCACGGCCCCCUUCGCCGUAUCUACCAAAUAAUCACAGCAGAAAUUCCUGGAAUUAACAAAGCUUUAGCCUUGAAAAUGACUUUCAAAGCUAUAAAUGAUUCCGUGGGACCUAAUGGUCUGGUUCCUAUCCUCUUGGUAUUUGGUGCAUAUCCACGUAUGGUUAAAGAAGAUGCUACCUCGCCCUCAGUGACACAAAGAACGGAAGCUCUUCGUAAAGCCAUGAAGGAGCUAGAGCAAAUCCGUGCCACACGGCAAGUCAAUGAUGCACUAAAUAUGAGAAACGGUCCUUCCACUACGGCAAUACAUGCCUUGCCGCUCAACUCGCCGGUGAUGGUAUGGCGAGAAGGUAAUGCAAAUCAAGCGGGAAGCUGGACUGUCCCCUACAAACUUUUAGACGUCAACAGUGAGACCUGCACUCUUGAGCUACCCAGUGGACCUACUAAGUUUCGGAGCACAAGUGUCAAACCGUACUUAACUGAAACAACAAAGCUGGUUCCGGACAACGAUGAUUUCGGAAUUACUGCAAUGGAACAAGUAACAUUCUCUUCAGAAAAUGACCCCCUUGCAGUCGAUUCACUACAGUCUGGAAGACCCAAACGUCAAGUUGGUAGACCUCGCCGGUAUGCCACUGAAGUAAACGCAGCAAUUGUAUCAGCGUAA